CGCAAUAUAUCAGCAACAGCAAACAAAAAUAAAUAUAUUCUGAAAUAAAUGAUUGCACUUAAUAAACUUUAAUAAACUCCUUAUUGAGAUUGUUUUUCACAUUAAAUGGAUCCAAUUAAACAAGAAAAUCGUACAGUUAAUGACGAGGUAUGGAAUGACUUAUCCCACAUCAACUCGGACAUCCCCCAUCGAAGAAUAAAAUGUGAAAAAUGCAAAAGACCAAAAACUGUUUGCUACUGCGAAUCGCUUCCGAACCCGCCACUAGACAUUAAAUCAUCCAUUGUCAUCCUCCAACAUCCAGCCGAAGAAAAACGUCCGUUACGGACUGCACUGAUGCUUCAGCUCGGUUUGACACCGGGCAAGUGUACUGUUUACAAAGGCAAGCGAUUUCCCACACCCAAAAACCAAACUGAACUAGAAAGCAUUUUCGAUUCGUCGAAUUCACUACUCCUUUAUCCCAGCAAAGACGCUAUCCCAAUUGAGAGUGUUGACAAAAAUCGAGGUCCUUUCACACUGAUCCUAAUAGAUGGCACAUGGCCACAGGCAAAAGCCAUCUACGCGAGUAGUCCAAUGCUCCAUAAGUUACAACAAGUUAAACUGGUCACCUCGGGUACCAGUGACUAUGUCAUUCGCACCCAACCGACUGAAGGUUGUCUCAGCACCUUAGAGACUGCCGCUGAAAGUUUGGCCAUUCUGGAGGAGUGCAACGAAUACAAGACCAAGCUUGUACAGCCUUUGCACACACUCUGCAAAUAUCAGCUCCAAAACGGAGCUGUAGAACAUCAAUCCAAAGAAUUCAGAAUAAAGAACAACCAGUAUCCGAAAUUGAUUGGAAAGAGACUGCAUAAAUUGUUGAACCGUACUGGAAGCGCGUUCAAUGUUAACGGACAGUCGGAGGUAUCAAAUAAAGCAGAGAUUACAGAACAAGAAAAUUAAAAGAGCAGAAUGACGUGCGUUAUAUUUGUUUUGUUUCCAUUAAGUUGCAAUAUAUAAUAUGAACUAAAAUAAAUAAAAGUUAAGUUGAA